GAGAACUAUUAUAGUGGCGCCAAGGUCAGAACCACCAUUCGGACUUUCUUCUUUACAAAAUCAUCUACGAAUAUAUGUAAUAAUGUCACUCUACUUAGGUGCGGACGAUUAAAAACACUACAGAUUCACUUCAUUGUUUGUGAAAAAAAAUAAUAGAUUAAUGGUAAAGUGUAGUGCAUGUGAUCAUAUCCGAUAAUACGAGAGCAAUAAAGUUCAAAAAGUGAAAAAUAAGACACUUGCAGAAUAAGCUAUUGACAUUUUCGUGAAACUAAAGUAUUUUUUGUAAUAUCUUUCGAAUAUAUGAAAAUACAUAAUAAUUAUUAAGUAAAUUAUCUAUUUUUAAAAUAUAUCGCACAUAUAUUACGCGCACUCUCGGUCCGCUUGAAGAAUGAGCAAAACAGUUUUGCAUUGGAGCUACCGUGACUAUCGCAAUGUUCCCAUUGACCUGUUCCUGUACGAAAACCUGGAGGAGGUAUAUUUAAAGGAAAAUUUCAUUGCUGAAAUUCCUAAAUGGCUGUUGAAUUUGACAAAUUUAAAAUUCAUUCAUUUGUCGGGGAAUGCUCUCGAAAGACUGCCGGAUGAUAUUUAUCAUUUGGAGAAUUUGGAAUUUUUAGAUGUGUCAAAUAAUAAAAUUACUAGUCUUCCCCAUACUAUUGGUGAAAUGAAGGCUCUCCAAAGGCUGAACGUAAGUGGCAACAAAUUGGAGGAGAUUCCCAAAGGUAUUGGCCGUUUGAAGAAGUUGGAAGUACUUGACAUAAGCGCAAAUCAGCUAACGUCAUUGCCAAUGGAAAUGUCGGAAUGCAGCCAUCUAAAUGAGCUUUCAAUGAGUGACAACACUCAAUUGACAUACAUACCGGAAAGAAUAGCCAAUAUGCAAUCCUUACAGUUUUUGGCUGCGGAACGUUGUGGAUUACUGUACCUACCGGCUGCUUUGGCGAAGUUUCUCAAUCGGGUGAAUAUAUUUCAAAACCCUACAAUUACGCAUAUUCCUAUGAUCUAUGAAAAUUUUUUUGCCAGUGUCUAUGAUGCAAUACAAAUCGGAAUGCCAAGAAACUUUGAACACCCUCACUUUUUCUUCGUUCGAGAAAAAGCCACCAACACAAAAUUAUUACUUCCAUUUGGAACUUUAGAAGUCUUCCCUGUGCCAUCGAUUGAGAAUCGGAUCACACUCUAUGAUGAUUGCCUUCAUUCGUUGAAUUACUUGAAUCUCUUCCUACCUAUCUACAACAAUCAAAUACUUCUAAGCUCACUGCCAACCAAAUACAUGGGUGAUCACAUAAAGAAUGGUCCAAUUGCCCGUUGCACCUACAGAAAUUGUUUUAACCCUUUGUAUACAUCGUAUUAUUUUAUGCCCGUCAAAAGGCGAAACAGUACAUCGAAGAUCAUUUUUACAUGCAACUUCUGUAGCAUGUAUUGUGCAAAUCUGUGGACCAAGGAAACCAGUAAGAAGUACUAUAGCAUCGAAUGGGAAUGUUGUCAUGCUGAUGAUUAAGUUUGUACUAAUGGAGAUCGUUUAAACAGGCCAAUUAAACAUUUUACUUUGAGCAAAUUUUGUGAUUUAUAUAUAUAAAUACCGUUUUACCUGAAACUAAGUUAUAACUUGGAAAGAUUUAUACCAAAAAUCAACAUUAUACAAUAUUCCUCUUGUACAUUGUUAAAUCUGAAUGUUUAAACCAACUGUUCUGAUUAAAAAUAUAUCAUUUAUGUAGAUAAGUAACAAGAA